AAUAGAUGAUGCUUCAUAUCCACCAAAUUAACACAUUCCAGUCCCAAAAAUGGGUUGGUUUCAGAGCAAUUCUCCAUGGAUUGGUCUUUUCCUUUUUGCAUCAGUUGGAUGCUUAGCUUUGUUGAUCCAGAUGCCGGCGUGCACUGAAGCCGUUUUACAGUGUGGUCCUAAUGAACGUUACGUAUCAAAAAUUUACAAGGGUGUUUGGCAGCUAACGCAAUGUGAUGACUCUUGUCCAAACGAGAUACAAACUCAAUGUCAGAAUGAUAAUAACAGAGCCGUGUCUAAGAUGAGGUGCAAUUGGUGGGAUCCUCGAGGUACUACGACGGCAGAAGAGUAUGCAACUUGCGAGGGAUGCUGUGGUGAAUCUCUCCCCACCCCACCGCCGGCGGUAACGAAGGAUACAUGUCAAGCCGGAGAACUAAGUAAAACUUUUACUUUACCGGCUAGCCGGCCAUGGAAUUGCGGCCUUUGUGAAGAUAAGUGUAAAGCUGAAUGUGGAUCCGAUGAAGAGGUGUUGAGGGAAAUGUGUGUAUUGAAUUAUGUCGGCGAGGCUGGAGGUAAUACUUAUACGUGCAGAUGUUGCUGCAAGCCUCCUCCGCCACCAUCGUGUCAAUGUUGCAACUCAAAUGUAGACAUUCAAAUCUCAAUUCAAUCAGCAUGUGCAGCACCACCUUCAUGUCCAUCUCCUUCACCUCCUCCUCCAUCUUCCCCACCACCACUACCAUCUCCCCCACCACCGCCGCCAUCUCCACCACCUCCAUCUCCACCACCACCACCGCCAUCACCCCCUCCUCCAUCUCCACCACCACCACCGCCAUCACCCCCUCCUCCAUCUCCCCCACCACCACCACCAUCACCCCCCCCUCCUCCAUCUCCACCACCACCAUCUCCACCACCACCAUCCCCACCACCACCACCUCCACCAAGGCCCGCAGGAGAUAUAUGUGAUCCAACGUCUGAAAAUUCAUUUUCGAGAAUUGGGACAAGUUGCACGGAUUGUACGACUGCCGAUUGUAUUAGUAAAUGUGAGGGAAUUGGAGAAACAAUGACACUAGACGGGUGCAACCCUUCUAGUUUUCUCUGUACCUGUUGUUGCACCAAAAGCUCACUAUCAUCAUCAACGAGGACUCGUCGUUCAUCAUUAUUCAACACAGCACAGAUGGGAAAACUUCACUAAAGCUAUCACAUGGCCGUUAGUUAGCGGGAGCCAAUGUGAUUGUCAUAAGAUCCCUAAAAUCUAAGCUGGUUUUUCAUUUUUGGCUCUCAUGGAUCUGUUCAUCUAGAAGCUCUGUUGUAUCCGUUCGGAAACAGUAAUGCUUGAAUAAAAAGAUUUUAGCUAAGAAUAUCAUUCAGGAACGAUUACAUUCGUUUCUAUAGGAUGACUGUAACCCGUCCCUAACGUUUUUUUUCAAUUUCUUCCCAAUUUAAUCCAAUCAGAUUACUUGAUCAUUAUUUUUCAAAA